AUGAGAAGUGUCCAUGUCCCUGGGUUACAUAACAGUGUUAUCGCUUCUGUUCAGAAAAAGCUAUUAGAAUAUGUAUACAUGGUAAAAGUCAAGAACGGCAUUUAUGUCUUUAUCCGCAGGUACAUCCGCACCAUGUACCUCGGCAUACAAAGUCACCGACAGAAGGAGAACCAGCGGCGAUUUUACUGGGCCAUGAUGUACGAGUAUGCUGAUGUCAACAUGCUGCGUCUGCUGGAGACCUUCUUAGAGAGCGCCCCUCAGCUGGUGCUGCAGCUCUGCAUCAUGAUCCAGAGCAACAAGGCUGAGUGGCCGCAAUGUGUUUCUGCCAUGUCCUCCCUCCUGUCCCUGGCAUGGGUGCUAGCCUCUUACCACAAACUCCUUCGUGAUUCUCGUGACGACAAGAAGAGCAUGAGUUACCGAGGUGCCCUGGUGCAUCUGCUCUGGCGCCUUUUUACCAUCUCUUCACGGGUGCUCUCCUUUGCCCUUUUUGCCUCUAUUUUCCACAUCUACUUUGGCAUUUUUGUGGUGCUCCAUUGGUGCGCCAUGGCUUUCUGGGUCAUCCAUGGCGGCACUGACUUCUGCAUGUCCAAAUGGGAGGAAGUACUGUUCAACAUGGUGGUGGGCGUGGUCUACGUCUUCUGUUGGUUCAAUGUUCGUGGGGGCCGGACGCGGUACAGAAUGGUGACUUAUUAUACAGUUGUCCUGUUAGAGAAUGCCAUUCUCACCUCACUUUGGUAUGCGUACCGUGACCCUGCCACCACCGACGCCUAUGCCUCUUUUGCACUCUGUGGCGUCUUCCUGUGCUUUGCCUCAGGUGUGGCCUGCAUCAUUCUCUAUUACGGGGUCUUACACCCCAUGGGCCCCCGACUUAGGGUGCUGGCUAGCUCCUGUUGCGCUGAGCUGCUGUGGGGCCUUCCAUUACCGCCUGAAGCUGAGCCUAUGGCUCCCACACCAGGGCCCCGUGGCUCCCAGGCCACCCCGACGCGGGGUCUGGCAGGAGAUCAUACAGAGUCAGAUGAAACACCCACAGACACCUGCCUUCCCGUUUUCCAAGUGAGGUCUACAGAACCUGUGGAUGCAGCUGGCAGGCCCAUCCAGCCCGAGGGUCCACUUAUUAAGAUAGACAUGCCCAGAAAACGCUAUCCAGCCUGGGAUGCACACUUUGUGGAUCGGCGCUUGCGCAGGACCAUAAAUGUGCUGCAGUACAUUAGUCCUAAUGCAGUGGGCAUCAGGUAUAGGGAUGGUCCACUACUUUAUGAACUCCUCCAGUAUGAAUCCUCCCUCUGAAGGCAUCUCCCACAGUUCUGUCACGAUGUUUUACACACAAUGAUGCACAUGCUUUUCCUUUUUUAUUUCAUUUUCCCCUUUCUUUCCUUCCCUCGUUUAUUCUAUCUUUCUGUAUGGCAGUGGGCCAACUGUAGUCUGUUCAGUCAGUUUUCCAGCAUCAUGUGUGUUCUGUUAGCUAAGAAUCUGUUAAGACAGUCUAAACACACAGUAAUGGUUUAUUUUUUGAAAAAAAAAAGGUAUAUGCUACAUACCAGAUAAAUAUGAGCCUACAGUAUAUUAUGUGAUACAUACAGAUGUCUCAUUUCAGCCUCCUACAUGGAUAGAGGAGGCUUUUGUAAGAGUGUGUAGAUAACAUAUGAAUGUUUCAUUACAAAAUGUGUUAAUGCAUCAAUCUGAAUUGGGGAAUCAACUUUUGAAUCCUUGUGAAGGGCACACUGUAUGUCCCUGUGACCUGGGGCUGAUGCAAAGCCUGAUGGGAAUGAUGGAGGAGAGUCUCAGAAGAGGCAGGUCUUUGCACAUCCCAACUUUUACUGCCAUUCUGUAUAUAGAACGUUGAAAUAUAUGAUAAUGUUUACGAAGUCCAUACUCCAAACAAAAAAGAAGAAAAAAACACAUAACAUUUCCCAUAAAACUACAAAUUCUAAAAUCAGCUUAAACAAAGAAACAUCUCAAGGAAGCAUUUCCUAUGUAUACGUUUUCAUCCCUCAAGUUCGGUACUCUUUUUUUUAGAUAAAAAAUGAUUAAUCAAAUUCACAAAUAACAGGUUGUAAAAUCAAACACCCAAUCAGUCAUAUUCACCCACAAAUUCAAUGCUUUACAGUGCAGGCUGCCCUCCAGUGGAGGGAAGCUGCAAUAGCAGGCCUUAUUCGGUCACUUCUGCCCACUUCUUAAUAGUGACAACACAAAAUCUUACAACAGCCCUCUGAGAUAAAAAAAUAAAAAGAUAAGAAAACAAACAAACAAGUUAAUUUUAAAAAAGCACAUUUUCUAAACUGGAGAGUGAAAGAUCAUUAAAACAUUCCAAAGAGUUAAAAUGUUAAGCAGAUUUCAGGUGUUUGGUGGGUGGAGGGGCACGUAGGUGUAGUAAGAGCACUCUUUUAAGUGCAAAGACAGCCUUCAAGGAUUCCUCCACCAUUCCCUUUUGAAUCCUAGAAAGUAACCCUCUUUUUGCAAACGUACUGUUGGUUUUAAAGAAAUGUUUUAGGUUAAUUUGUUGUAUGUGCUUAUUGGGUACAAAAACUUAAUGAGAAAGUAUAAUGAGAGAUAGAUUCUUGAUAAUAUUAUGAGAUGAUAUUUAUAUGCUAUUUUACUUCAGUCCAUACUUAAGUCUGUAUUUAUAUUCACUGACAACUAUAUUUUGCCAGAACACAUAACUUUUUACAUAAGAAAACUCUGCAGUCAUUUCAGUUAUUAUCGUUACUUCUUAACAUCUUUUUGUCCUCAAAGAGGUAACUCUCUUCAAUAGGUGUACAGGGCAACUGCUCCUGGCAUCUUCUGGAAGUUGAAACAAAGCCAAAUGGUAUCUUAUUGUACUGUCUUUCUAAAUUAUGUGCCCCUAUGAACCAGAUGAAUGAGUCUGUGCAAAACCUGUGCCGUCUUUAGGCCAGCUGUGCAGUAAUCAGAAACGUAUGUACUUCUGACUAAAUCUGCAGGGGCUCUCCUCCACAGAUACCUAAGGGACAACCACUGUAUUCACUCCUGAAAAAGGUUUAUAUCCAUAUAAAUAUAUAACGUAUAUCUGCAUAAAAACAUGCCUUCUAAGUCAAAGGAGCUUGACUAAAAUUUCCAGAGAGGGCUAUUGAACAAUUCAUGCGAAAAAUGAAUGCAUUUCAUACUCCAAUUUUGUCUAUCUCAAUGCUUCUCUGAAAUAUAUAAGGUCUAUUUAUUUUAUUUUUUUACAUUGUAGUGUUACAUUAGUUUAACAUGAGGUAUUAGUACAAAUGCACCCAACAGGGAAUGUCCAAAAGUCCUUUACAACACAGAGAUCCCUUUAUCCUAGCUUACUGGCUCUCUGCUUAGCUGUGGCUUCACGUGCCUGCUAACAUCGUACUGUAAAGGGCAGAUGCUCCAGAAGUCCAGGGUAAAGGUGAACGAGGGUCUUUGCCAGGAAUGGAAAAGAAUAUGAGGACAGAGCUUACCAAAGGGCCUGACAGGAUUGUGGAUGAGUUCUCAUGUGCGUGUGUGAGAAAGGUGUUAGCUGUGAGACUUACAGACUUGUUCCCUUAGUAUGCUGGCAUGCCUGCGGGUGUGUACGCAGACGUGUCCUCAGCCCUUUCCCUUGGUUCUGUCCUCUCGUCGAUUGUUCGGCUCCAUCCUUGGUUGCUGCUCCCCCUCUUCCCCAUCUCUGUGGUGUUUGGCCUUGGCACGCUCCCACCAAACACUCUCACACUCUCUGGUAACUGAACAACGGGGUUGAAGCUGAAAAAAAGGGAGAUCCUGACAUGAGAACAUGCAAUGAGGUACACUGCCAUAACCAAGAGCUUCAACAUCCAGGGUCUGCCACCCUUCACCUUAAAAGCGAUGUUCAGCCCUGAGUAAUUGAGAACUGUUGGGUCAGCUUUGGUGGAUCAAAACAUCCAGCGAACCACAUGUGUGGACACACAUGUGUAUGCAAACAACCAAGAUGCUCAUUGUUUACCAUAGUAGCAAGAGCAGUUCCUCUAUGUUGUAGUGAAUGAACAGCCAUGUUAUAGUUAGUCUUUGAGUGAGUAAUGAAUUAGUAUUACUAAACUAAGAAAAAAAACAAACAGCCAAUACAGGGGUUCCUCAGGACCAUCUUACAAGACCACUGAACCAGCUGACUCAGGGGUGUCUCAAUGCAGUUCUCAUACCCAGGCAUGUCCUCAAGGGUCUCCAUUUUCUCCUUCACACAUUGAAUCCUGGACCACUCCUCGACUGGGAUUGUACCACAAAGUUAUGGUUUGCACAUUUUGCUUCAGAGGAAACAGCUACUGAUUCCUGUUAAUGGGGGUAGGGGGCAGUUUUGUGGUAGUAGGCUGCCUGGCAGGCAGUGCAUCCUUUCUAAAACAAUACUGACCUUUUCCAGAUGUGGAUACAUGUCAAAAUCAGGUGCAAAUACACUGUGAUUCAUUCAUUUUUGGGUAUGAGGGUGUGUAUGAGACAAAGAUAGUUCAUAGCCUCAUAAACAAAGUUCUUUACAACUGGGCUGUCUUUAAUUUAGUGGUGCUUAAUUUGUCGUAAAAUGCUGAGCAUUCAUGCUUGUGUAACUGUGUCAAUAAAAGAGCAGCGAUGGCAGUCAAUUAAACUGAUUUGAAAAGUGCAGAAAGAGUCUUUAUGUAUAAGUCUGAAAUGUUACAAAUCGUACAGUAUAUGCCACAUAUUUCGACAGAACAACUACCAUUUUGACACAUCCUCUAACUAAUGAUUAACCAGAAGCAAAUGAUAGCCACAACACACAGCAAGAGCGUCUGAACAGCAGGUUUGCUCGUCUCAGUCCUUGUUGUGCCUUGUUACUUUGGGUGCUUCAAUCCAGCCAUGGCAGCCACGUCCGCAAACAACAACACCAGUGUCUUUCUUUACUCGUUUUCAUGUGCCAACAUGCUCACAAAGAUGGAUGGAUAAACCCAAACAACACUUUCUCCACAAGCAGAUACAGCCAAGUUCCCAAUUCCUGAAAAACAUCACAACUGACAGUGUUUUUUUUUUUUUGUUGACAUUCUUACAGUUCCAUCCAAGUUGUCAGCUGCAAGACACUUUUUCAUUAGUUACAACUGAACCUCUCAGUGCAACACAGCCUAGUGGCAGGAGCUGACUAAAACCCUGUAUCUGGCUCAGUUGAGAAGGUUUGUUCAUUCUGAACAUCUAUAUUCAGUAAAGAUUUAGUAAAGCUGAAUCACCACAAACCCAGCUGAUUCAGCAAGAUACAGCUUGCAGUACAGAUGCUUGAAAAGCAUUACUUUGGACUGUUUGAUGGAGAGCCACGAUUGGGUCAAUGAUUGUUUAGUACUCUUGUCUAUGCCUUUACAUAGUAUUCUGUCUUGCAAAUAUAAAAGAUUUGUAGUGCCAAGAAGUAAACUUUCUGUGUUCUUUUUUUGUUUAGUUUUUUUGCGUCUCGUGUUAACGGUACAUCCUCUCGCCAAAACAACAAUGCCCACAUUAUUGCAUUGAAUACAAUGUGGAGGAUGUUGACGACAAAAUGUGAAAAAAUCUAUGAUGUUGUAUUUCCUAAAAUGGAAUGAUGAAAGAGGUCUGAUCAUUGGUUUGCUUUUGAAUAACCUCAUUUUCUUGCUUCUCUUCCACUUCCCAGCAUGCCUUUCAGGAUACAUUGUGAGAUAACCCUCAACAUUUAGCAUGUAAGUGCUUUCAACUGCACAAAAGACCCUUUGAUUUCUGCAUUAAUGUGUAGCAGCAGGGCACUGUAGUGUUAGGCCUGGUUUAAGUCUCUACUUUUGUGUCAUGAACAUCGAGGGGGCAAUAUUUUCAGAUGAUAAAGUGGUGCAUUCUCUUCUGUUACUUCUUUACGUUUUGCCAAUAACCUGGUGCUGAAUGAAUACACUAAAAAGGUGCUACCACUGCUAACAGCAGUGUCCAUUUCUUGGCUCUCUGAGAGCAUAGCCUUCCGGUUGAGAAAGCCUGCACCCCACAAACUUGCAGUCUCAGAAUGCUCUGCAGCCAGCACCUCAGAUCCACUCAGUUUACAGCUGAACGGUGACAUUUUAAUUUUCCAAUCUGCACAAAAAACAACAGUUACUCUACUGCUCAAAUACUGUUUAUUUUACUGGGUUCCACAUACAGCACGUUUUUAUUUUUUUAAACGAUUCAGUCUGCACAAUGGGUUCUUUGUUUUUUUUUUCACUGAAAGAAUGAAACCGGCAGAUGACAAAAUGCAUCUUUUUCGUAAAGGUACAGGAGCACAAAUGUACUUCUGCCACAAGAAGUUGAGUAAAAAUAUAAAUAGAAUGUGAUUGCUGUGUUGUAAACUACUGUCAUCUAAAUGUCUUUAACCUGUGUGUAUCUAUUUUUGUUGUUCCUGUAGAACUGGCUGUAAUAUUUUGUUUAAAAAUGGAUUUGAUAUUCCAAUGAAACAACUAUGGUUGGCAUAUUAAUUGCUGCUCAUUUUCUUUUUGUAAUUGUUCUUGAAAGUGUUUGGAAAUAUUGCUUUGUUUAUAUUCAAUCAGUUUAUAGAUUGUGUUAGCUUGUUGGUGUAUUUCACAAAUCUAUCAGGAUAUUCCCUAGGCUAUAUGAUUUAUCUGGGGUAUUCCAAAAGUUGGCAUAAUGUUAGUAAUCCAAUAUGCUACAAAACGUAGCCUAUUUAUGAAAAUGGACUCAUACGACUUUUAUUGUGACAAAGAAGGAAGGGUUACCUUGUUGUUGUUAAAUAUAAAAAUGUAAGUUAAUUGGUUCACGGAAUCCCUGUUCUUUAAAAAAUCAAAUCUGAUGUCCAGUGUUGUACCUACACCCUAUUUUUGGGAACAAUAUGAAUAUUAUUAAUAACAUAUGGUGCUAAAAGUUCUUUUUGUAUGUUUUGGUUUUUAGAUUAAAAGAGAAAUAUUAUGCUGAAAAUGUAAUGUUAUAAGCCUUACUGUAGAUUCAUAUAUCAGACUGUUCAUCCCAGAAGAG